AUGUUGGUGUACUUCUGGGGGUUCCUGUACAGCAACUACUUUCGGUUCUGGCUGAAGUGGAUCUUGCGGCUGCUGACUCGGAAAUGCGAAUUGCAGCGUGUCUUUGAUGGCUCGAAGGCAGGUGCGCAGCGGACGCUGAGCAUAGAACAUUCACUGGAAUCAUCAAAGAAUAAGGUUUUAAGAAAUGCUGUACAUGUUGAGGAAGCUGAAGUGGAGAAGUGUGUCAGAGAUGUAAUGAAAGAAAAGAAAAUUGAACAGAAGGAUACAGGGUUUAAGACAAAUCUGCAUAUAGCCUUAUUGCAGAUAUCAGGUUAUAAAAAACUUUAUUUGAAUGUGGAAGAUCUGAGGAAGGUUCCGUAUGAUUCAGAUAACGAAGAACAUGAGGAACAGUUAAUUGAGCUUUGGAAUUUGCUGAUGCCUCAUGAGAAUCUGAAGGCCAGAAUCACCAAGCAGUGGUGUGACAUUGGCUUCCAAGGUGAUGAUCCCAAAACAGACUUCAGAGGAAUGGGCCUGCUGGGGUUAGUGAAUCUGGUGUAUUUUAGUAAGCAUUACACCGACGAAGCUCGUCAGAUCCUUUCUCGUUCAAAUCACCCAAAGCUGGGAUACUCUUAUGCAAUAGUUGGAAUCAAUCUGACAGAAAUGGCAUACAGCUUACUUAAGAAUGGUGCUUUAAAGUCUCAUCUGUACAACAUAGUCUCUGGAUUGCCACAGAUGGAGCACUUCCAUCAGUUUUACUGUUAUCUGGUUUAUGAGUUUGACAAGUUCUGGUUUGAAGAAGAACCAGAAAGCAUUAUGCACUUCAACCAGUACAGAGAGAAAUUCCAUGAAAAAAUUAAGGGACUUCUACUGGAUUGUGAUGCGAUACUAACCUUACAAAAUACAAAGAAACCUUAACUCCUCUGCAGUCUAUGAGGUUCUGCAUCAAAAAUGGAAUUAUGCAUUUGGAUGGAGGUUUUGCAUGUUUCACCAAAAACUGUUUAACAAUAGAACUUUUUUUUUAUGUUUAAAAAAAAAAUCAAAAUUCAGUUAAGAAAGCUUGGACAAUCAAUCAACCUCUGUUUACAGGUCUUUAUAUGCUAUUCUCCAAAGGACAGCUUUAAAAAAAAAAAAAAAAACAACAAAAAACAACCAACAAACCAACACAAAAACCAACCCACAAAUCUCAAGAGCCUCUGGAUCACUUGCUUUCAUAAUUUCUUUUAUACUUCUUGGUGCAGGAACAUGAAGCAGGUAUUUAUGCUGCAUCGUGUUUUCCAUGAAUAGGUUUGAUUGUUAAUUGUCUUUUAAAAACUUCUUUUAGUUGAAAUUACUCUGGUUUUAGACUUUUUAUGUUCUUGUUCUGUAGAUGUCGAUCAUUCACUCAUCAAUGUUAAAUUUCUCUGUGAUGAAGAGGUCCACAAAGGGGAUGUAUUAGUCGCUUAUGAUUUUGGAGAAGAGGCUUAAUCCAUCAACAUACUGACGUACUUACUAGAAAUGACUUCUGGCUAAGGAAGUUUUUUUAUCUGUGGAUUUGUACCAGCAGAUUUCUAUGCUUGGAAAAAGCUUAGUUUGCAAACAAACAAAAAGAACCAGAAAUCAUCAGUGUGAGCAUCAGAUCCUCAGACUAAAGCUACUCCUACUAAAAAUAUUCCUACUGUAAAAAUUUUCAGUUCUUUCUAAUCUGACUUCAGCUGCUCAGGCUGCUUGACUUUGUAUGUUGUCAGCCCUUUCUUUUAGCAGCUAAUGGGGUAUUCUCAGUGGGAAGUACAAGAGAGUUAGUUUAGCCCUUUUAUAAAGUUCACUCAUUAAAAACCUUUAUUGCAGCUGCAGUCCCUAUUUUGUGAAAAUAAAUUCACACCUGAGUACAAGUCUCUAACAAAGAUAUAUUUUCCAUGGAAGGGACGCAACCGCGACGUGUUCCUUAAUCUUGGCAUCCUCAGACAAUCUAGUCAAUAAGACUUCAUGUCUAUAUUGUGACUAAUUAUUGCUUAAAGCAACUUUAAACAGAUUUGGUAUGACCAUCACUUCAUUUUCUAAAACCUACUAUUAAAUAAGUGCCUUCUGCUUUAUUCAAUCAGUGUUUUAUUUUGAUUCUGUAACCAGAUCAUAGCCUUAGAAACUUGAGUUAUUUGGGAAAGACUCUUUCAGUAUAUACCUAAAUAGCACACAGUGGCACAAAAUUUGUAUGCUAAUAGAAGCUUUC